AUGUCGAUCUUACAGAGCUUGAAACCUUUCUGGCCGAUACUACUCACAUUCGUCCUUCCUCGAGCCAUCGGGUAUUUUCGCGCUUUUCGAAUAGCCUACCGCACACGGCCAUCACCGCAACCACUUCCGAGAAAGGCAUCUGUUGCCUUGAACCUUCUCUUCGUCACGAUAUGUGGCUUCUUUUUCGCUUCAUUCUCAACCUUUGUCACUGAUCAGGUCAACAUUUUCAUCCUGACCAACUCUCGACUCGCCAUUCCCUCCGAUGCCUUAUUCAACCGUCUCGCAGCCGCUCGACCUGGCCAGACCCUCAGUUCCAUGGAUGAGCAGCUUCAAGCCAAACUUACCAGCACUGCUAUUCGGAAGCUCUACCUUCGUUUUGGCCCCUCGACCAUAGUUGACUGCCCUUUCUGUACGCCUUUUGACCCAUCAACAUACCUACUGUAUCACUUCCCCAAGAACGUUGUCUUUCCCCAUCUGUUCAACUUUGGCAUCCUAGGCUUAGUUACCUCGCCGACUCUAGCCGGUUUCGAGCCUAGUCGAUGGCGUUUCUACGUGCUCACUAUGGCACUGCUUAUAGCAGCUGGCGAUGCUUACACAGUUGUACAAUAUCAGCCGUCCAUAGACGUCAACAUGCCGAGUCCUUCCGGUGCAUUUUGGGUGCUGGCUGCCCUACGUCCAUUAGCGUUAUGUUUCUACGAUAGCUUCGUCGCCUUUCUGAUUUAUGCAUCGGCCACAAAUCGAUUCCUCCUGUUUUCCACUCCGGCCAAGGAUCCAGAAACAUCCAAUCGCCAGAUUCUCGAUCUCAUCACCAGAAACGGGAUUGCUCUGACAUCGGCAGCCACAAAAAUGCGUGCCACAACCGUGGCGCGCAAUGCUGUGGUUCGAGACUCUGGUCUGAAAGGUACCGAUGACAAGUACUGGCAAGAGGUGGUUGACACCUUGGGCAAACAAAACCUGCAAUCCGGUGUCUGGCAAGAAGAGGAAGUCCAAGCUGCAAUAGCUCGAGCCUAUGGAAAUGGCACCAUUGAUGUCGAGAGGGUCCGCAAGGAGGCUGAUGCUUUUGUCAAAGGCGUCACUCGAGGCCUGGAGCAUGGUGAUCAAGUGUGA